AAGGGGGAACUUGAACUGGAAAGGUAAGAAAUAUAAAUGAGGACGCACAACAGUGAAUAAUCGUUUGGUAAAUCUACAGACUGAAAUAUAGUCAAAUACUAUCACCGGAAGCGGAAGUGCGAGCAAGAAGGCCGCCGAGAAGCACACAACAGCAAGAAAGGAAAGAUGAACGUCCUAGAUGGAUUAGAGAUAUACAUCCCAGAAGAGGCUCAAAUAAAGAACAUAGCAAUUUGGAGUUUACCGCCCUCAGUGGUGAGAGGACUGGGCCUCCCCGCCAUGGACCCUAAUUGCGUGAAGGUACUUGCAGAUUCCCCACGAGGCAUAUGGAUCUGUCCAGCAGUCUUGCGAAGCUCGGCGACACACGACGCCCGCUCGCUGCUCACAGCUGAGUUCCAGCUUUCCCAGAGUCCCUUGAAAAUCUACUCAACCUCGUCUAGUUUGGAAGCGUAUAACGUGUUGAGGAACAAUAUGCCGGGGACCUGCCGCCCUCGUACCGCCCUCUUGUCUCACGUGGAGAAGGCACCUCACAUCUCUGAGGAUGCCAUCAUCAUCUACAAGCAACACAUUUACCUGAUGAUGAGGGUCCCUACACCAAGCCGACAGGGGACAUGUGAAGCCCGGGAGCCCAUCCCUCAUUCAGCAUCACCAGAUGAGGACCAGAAGAAGCUGGAUGAGCAGCACGCUGCACCCCAGGACCAAGUGGAACAUUUCAGUGACAACCAAAACCAUUUGGAACAGGCUCAUUCUGUCAUGACCUAUGAACCGCAAGAAGUUCAUCCACCCGACAGCUAUAAGUGGCUCAGCAGCGAGUCUCCGCAUUCAGACUUUUGCUCAACUCCCAAAGAAGACUUUGACUUUAAAGAGCUGGAGCAACAGGAAAAGAUUGCUCGAAUGAAGGCCCUAUUAAAAGAGAAGAUCAGCAGCCUGUGUGCCACUAAGUGAACCCUCUUUCAGGCUGAGGAAAACUGCAUGUUUCAUGCAGACAAGGAUUUUUCUGAAGGAACUAAUCACAUUCAAGUGUUGAAAGGCUACAGUCCAACCCACCAUUAAAAAUGUCAGGAAGAUUGAAGCAUGUGGAAGGAAGUUAGGUUUGUUAUCAUUUGCCACCACAAGGGGGCGAUAUUGGUGCACGUGUAGUGAUCAGACCCCAACCUAAAUCACUUUGGAAUAAAUCAAUAAUAAAUAAGAUGUGAUCAUCUAAAGUGCAGAUGUGUAGUGAUCAGACCCUAACCCAGACCUGGGCAUUCUGCGGCCCUUUGUACGUCCCUGUCCGGCCCGCGUGAGGCCAAUUAUAAAUUACAAAAUAAAUUUUAAAAAGUAUCUAUGUCGAGUGUGCAAUACAACGGUGCUGCUUUUGUUUUGAAAAUCGUUAUUUGUAUUACUUCCGUGUGGACGUAUGCGUGUGCGUGAUUGUGAGUGA